AUGAUUUCAUUGGAUGAAGAGGAAUGUGAUGAUAAUAAUAAUGAAGAUGGAGAUGGAUGUUCAAGGUUUUGUAAGAUUGAAACAGAUUAUCAAUGUAAAAAUUAUGAAUUCAGUUUCUCAUAAUGUACUUAUUCUAAAUAACCAAGAUUUUAUCUUUAAUUUAAAGAAGAAAGAGAUUAAAAAUAAUAUGUUUCAUUGUUAUUCACUUAAUAAGUUAAGAAUAAAAUUUAAGAUUAAUAUUCUAAAUAUAUAUAAAUGAAUAUUAUUGAUAUGGACAUUAAUAUUUAUAAAUUGAAUUUGAUAAUAAUUUAAGAACCUGUUGAUUAUCCUACAAUUGUUGAAUAUCUUAUAGAAAUUUAAAUAAAUUCUACUUUAAAUGAUCGUCCUUAUUUAGAGGUUACUUUAGAUGAAUAACUGUAUAAUUCAGAAGAUGCUACUCUUUUUAAUUUAUAUGAUAAAAUAUAAUUGAAAUAACCUAAGUAUAUUGAUGAUUAAAAAUAAGAAGCAGCUGCUACUUUAAAUCAGGCAAAUAAAUAUUUGAUGAAUUCUAUUGGAGGAAUUGGCAUAUUUGCAUUCUUUUUAGGAAAUUCAUUUAUAUUUUCAAGUAUACUAGAAGUAUUACAAUAAUAAUCUUAUUUAAGAUUUAUUAAUGUACAAUUUCCUUUUAAUUUAUUUAUAUAUUUUGAAUCAAGUAAUAUAAUAACUAUAUAACCUAUUUUAAAAUUCUUUAAAGUUGAUUCCAUUGCAACAUUAACAUUUGAUUCAACAUAUAUAGAAUCAUAUGAAAAGUUGAAAUAUUAUGAAAUUAAUGCUGAUCUUUUAACUAAUAUUUAAACUUAAGUUUUUCUCAUUACAGCAUUGAUUAUCAUUUAUUAUUCUUGUACCUUAAUCAUUUUUUUGAUUGACUCAAUUAUAAUCCAAUUUUUAUUUCUAAUUGGUAAAUUAGGAUAUAAAUUACUAUUUAAAAUAAGAAAAUUAUGUAGUAAUUAUUAAAAGGAAUUCAGAAAGGAAGGUGUUAAGGCAUUUUUAAUAGCAAAUUGUUGGGAUCUUCUUUUUACUUGUUUUUUGUAAUUAAAAUCUUCACAAUAUAAUACAACAAUUAGAUCUAUAAUUUGUUUAAUCUUAGCAUAUUUAAUAUUAUAUGGAUGUAUAUUAAUACUUAGAUAAUUUAUUUACAAAAAUUAAUUAAUUAAAUAUAGCUUAUUUAAUUAUUGGAUUUCAAAAAUGGAUCUAUUUUUAACAUUAAAAAAAUUGAUAUUCAUUUUCAUUUUAGUAUGUUUCUAAAAAAAUGAAUAAAUAUAAACAAUCUUAUUAACAUUUGUUUGUAAUUUAUAUCUUAGUUAUGCAAUUAAAUUUAAACCAGUCAAAAAUCAAUAAGACUUUUGUAAUUUAAUUAUGAUGGAAGGAAGUACUUUUAUUUUUACCUUAACAUCUGCCUUGUAUUGGACUUAGAUAUCAAAAAUAUUUGUUUAUGAGAAUUAAGUUUUACUUGGGUGGGUACAUAUAACAUUAUUGUUAUCUGUGUUAAUUGUGAAUCUUCUUCUUUAAGUAUUUGCUUUAUUUUUGUAAUUAAAAAUGUAAAACUAGAACAAAUAAAAAAAAUCAAAUUAACAGAAUGGAGUCCUCCCUCAUCCCUAUCCAUUAGCUAAUUUAAUGGAAUUUAAGUUGUGA